GGUUAGUUAUAUAGUUAAAGAAUAAGAGCGUUGUUCAGUCGUGUUACGUACAAACAACCAAGAUGAGUGCUGCUGUUCGUGGAACCAUGUUUGGUCUGUUGCUGAUCUUCUUUAUUUUGACUGCCAGCAACAGCAUCUUGAAUGCAGCCCCAGUUAAAGAUAAUGUUUGUUCCAAGCCGAUGGACAUCGCCUUCAUUAUGGAUGUCUCGGGAAGCAUCGGUAGAAAAGGAUUGAAAACGAUGAAAGGCUACGCGAAAAUGGUAGUAGACCAUUUUGGCAUGUCCGAUCAAGGGAAUCACUACGCUAUAAUGACAUUCGCUAAAGACCCAAGAAUCCUAGUAGACUUUAACACGUUUACUGGAAGUACAGCGAAAAGCGCCAACCUGAAAUUUAAGAUCCAUCAAAUGCAUCGUAUUGACUGGAAUGGAGGUUCAUUCAUUGAUAAAGCUUUGCUUGCAGCAAAUAGCACACUCUUCACCGUUGGAGCUGGCAUGAGACAAAACGCAUUGAAGGCUGCUAUUAUUAUGACAGAUGGCAUUCAAACAAAACAUCGGGGACCCUUCACUUCUCCAUAUAAAGCCGCACGUGGAUUGCAAACAAAGGGUGUUCAGUUAAUUGCAGCGGGGAUUGGCACAGCUGUCGAUGUAAUCGAGCUCAUGGACAUUACAGGGAAAAUGGAAAAUGUUUUCAGUGUUGGUCGUUUACCGGAACCAGCGAAUUUAGAGUUGAUUGCAAGAACACUGUGCUCAAAACCGACUGCAGUCCCCACCACUUCAACCCCUUUGAAGUGAAACAUCUCUGUCAUUCACUGGAAUCGUCCCGCAAGACGUCUUUCAAAAACAUGAUGAUUGUAAAGUUUAGAGUUCUAGAAUCCCAAUGUUAAUUAAAGAUUGGCCGCAUUAUGAAAAGAAA